AUGGCCUCCAUGAACUUACAGAUGCUGGCCAGUGCCUUGGCAUUGCUAGGCUGGGUGGGCACAAUACUAACCUGCAUCCUACCCAUGUGGCGUGUGACGGCAUUCGUGGGCACCUCGAUUGUAACGUCACAAACUACUUGGGAAGGCAUCUGGAUGACAUGCAUGGCUCAGAGCACAGGCCAGGUUCAGUGCAGACCCUACUACUCUAUGCUGGCACUGAGCGCCGACCUGAAGGCUGCCCGGGCCCUCUCGGUGCUGGCCAUCCUGACAGGAGCCAUAGGCCUCAUCUUGGCCUUUGUUGGGGGCAAGUGUACUCGUUUCCUUGACGACAGAGGAGAAAGAGCCAAAGCCAAGGUUGCCAUAGCGGCUGGAGCCGUAAUCAUACUUGCCGGCUUCUUUUGCAUCAUUCCCGUUUGCUGGACGGCCAACAUGGUGGUCAAGAAUUUCUACAACCCGCAGAUGGUAGACUCUCAACGCCGGGAGAUUGGAGCGUCCAUCUACAUUGGCUGGGGUUCCUCCCUCCUUCUUUUCCUCGCCGGUGGAAUGUUCUGCAGCUCUUCCUGUCCCCCCAAGGAUGAGGAUGAUGGGAGCCCCUCUGUGAAGUACCAUGUCGUACGCUCCACAGCAGCUGGGUCCAGCAUGGCAGGCUCCCACAGGGUCCGAGAGAGCUCAGUCAGGCCCUCACAAAAUGGACCUGCAUCUGUGAGGACUCAGGAGAGUGAGGAUCUGAAGAAGGACAGGCCCCCAUCUGCAGGAUCCAGAAAGAGCAAGGCACCAUCUACAAAGUCGCAGCUCAGCAUCAAGACAGAGUCUGUUACAGAAUCAGAGCACAGUGAGGGAGCGUCCACUAAGUCCCAGCUGAUGAGAAUGGACUCAAAUAAGAGCUUGAAUGCUUCUGAAGCCAGUGACACAGCUUCAGCAAAUGCUACAAAGACUUACAUUUGA